GUGAAAAUGGCUGCGGUGCAGUGGCGAUCCCGCUGGCGCAACUAUGACGACGAGCUGCAGAGGUUCAGUCCUGAGGGGGUUCCGGUCGAGUUUGGAGACUACCAUCCCCUCAAGCCCAUCAUGGUGACGGAUACGAAAACCCGCCGUGGAACCCGCAAAGGCAGCACCUCCUCAUCUUCAUCCUCCUCUUCCUCAGCACCCCCAGACCCGCUCAGCUCCAUGCUGGACGGCACUGACCCCCUGUCCAUGUUUGCAGCCGCCUCCGCCACCGAGACUCCGUCCAUGUCACACAGCAGCUCCACAGGGGACAUUGGGAGGAAGAAGAAGGAGAAGGAGGAAGAAGCAGUGGGACCAGACUUUGAACCCUGGUCAUCGAAGCGAGGGGAGAUCCUGGCCAGGUUCACCACCACCGAAAAACUGUCCAUAAAUCUGUGCAUGGACUCUGACCGAGGAAAAGCCUCCAGUCCUGGAUCAUCCGCUGUUUCCGAGAAAGUUCGUACUCGCCUGGAAGAGCUGGAUGAUCUGGAGGAGGGUUCUCAGAGAGAGCUGCUGAACCUCUCCCAGCAGGAUUACGCCAACCGCAUCGAGGAGCUGAACCAGUCCCUGAAAGAGGCCUGGGCCUCCGACCAGAAGGUCAAAGCCCUGAAGAUUGUCAUCCAGUGCUCCAAGCUCCUGUCCGACACGUCGGUGAUCCAGUUUUACCCCAGCAAGUUUGUUCUCAUCACUGAUAUCCUCGAUACUUUUGGCCGCCUGGUGUAUGACAGAAUCUGGACCAUGUGUUCAGACCCCAGACCCUUAUCUGACUCCUUCACGGUUGACGAUGUGAACGACACCGCUAAAGAGACGUGCCUUAACUGGUUCUUCAAGAUCGCCUCCAUCAGAGAGCUGCUGCCCAGACUAUAUGUUGAAAUUGCCAUCCUCAAGUGCAACCGGUUCCUCAACAAAUCCGGUAUUCAGGAGACCCUCCCUCGGCUGACGGCCAUGAUCAGAGGGAUUGGAGAUCCUCUGGUGGCGGCGUACGCCAGAGCUUAUCUCUGCAGGGUGGGCAUGGAGGUGGCGCCCCACCUGAAAGACUGCCUGAACCGAAACUUCUUCGACCUGCUGGCCACCUUCCGGCAGAUCAGCGGAGACAGCGUCCAGAAGCAGCUGGUCCUGCAGAGGGUGGAGGUGCCUGUAUACCUGACGCUUUACUCUCCAGCCAUCAACUGGAUCCUGCAGUGCAUCGCCUACAGAGCUCCAGAGCCGCUGCUAACGGAAAUGAUGGAGAGAUGCAAGAUGAUGGCAAAUAAUGCCUUGCUCCUGAAUUCGGUCAUGAGGGCGUUCAGGCCGGAGUUCGUCGCAGCCAGAGCCACCGACUUCAUCGGUAUGAUCAAAGACUGUGAUGAGUCCGGGUUCCCAAAGCACCUGCUGUUUGGAUCUCUGGGUCGCGGUGUGGCCUGCGCAGAUCCGCCGGAGCAGGAAAGGCUGACGAUCCUGAACGAAGCCUGGAAGGUCAUCACCAAAGUCCGCAGUCCCCAGGAUUACAUCAACUGUGCUGAAAUCUGGGUGGAGUUCACCUGCCGGCACUUUACAAAACGAGAGGUCAACACGGUUCUGGCUGAUAUCAUCAAACACAUGACCCCUGACCGAGCGUUUGAGGACGCCUACCCUCAGCUGCAGUCGGUGAUCAGGAAGAUCCUCACCUACUUCCAGGACUUCUCCGUCCUCUUCUCCAUGGAGCGGUUCCUGCCGUUCCUAGACAUGUUCCAAAAGGAUAGCGUGAGGGUGGAGGUCUGCAAAUCUAUCAUGGAGGUCUUCAUCAAACACCAGGUGGAGCUCACCAGAGACCCAGUCAUCCUCAACGCCAUGCUUCACAUCUGCAAGACCAUGCACGACUCCGUCAACGCCCUGACUCUCGACGAUGAGAAAAGAUCUUUGUCUCUGUUGAUCAUCGGUUUCGUCCGGAUGGUCUCCUUCGGCCGGGACUUUGAGCAGCAGCUGAGCUUCUGCGUGGAGGCCAGAGCCUCCUUCUGUAACCUGGAGCCGGUGCUGGUGCAGCUCAUUCACACGGUGAACCAGCUGGCCAUGGAGACCAAGAGGGUGAUGAGAGGGAGUCACUCCCGGAAAACGGCCGCGUUUGUCAGAGCCUGUGCUGCCUACAGUUUCAUCACCAUCCCGUCUCUCAGCAGCAUCUUCAGUCGUCUCAACCUGUAUCUCCUGUCUGGUCAGGUUGCGUUGGCCAACCAGUGUCUCUCCCAGGCGGAUGCUUUCUUGAAAGCAGCCGUCAGUAUUCUUCCGGAAGUUCCUCGCUCCAUCAGCGUGGAGGGGAAGCUUCGCUCUUCUGAGAGCUUCCUGCUCGACUUCAUCAACGACUUCCUGGCAACGCUGCUUGUUGUCCCGGACCAUCCAGAGCAUGGGGUGCUCUACUUGGUCCGUGGUUUGCUCAACAUGGUUCAGGAUUACACCUGGGAGGAGAACAGCGACGCGAAGGUGCGGGUUUACAUCAGCGCUCUUCCUCUGCUGGCCGCCAUGAGUCAGGAAACGUAUCUUUACUCCAUCCCCAAAGUGGACUCCAACGAGACGCUGUAUGGAGGUGACCCCAAGUUUCUAUCAGAAAUCAACAAGCUGUGUGAGACUCUUAUUGGGCAGAUCCUGGACCACCUGAAGGCUCUGGCCCGGGACGAUCAAAGCGUACGUCGCCAAAGUGCUCUAGCCUUCGCUCUAUUUGGUGUCCUGUUGGCUCACGGUGAUCUGAGGAACAACAAGCUGAGUCAGCUGGCUGUAAAUCUGUGGAACCUCAGCCACAAGCAAGGCUACUGUGACACCCGCAUCUCUGUUCGGACUCUGGAGUACAUCAAACAUCAGACUCAGCAACCCGACAUGGCUCAUCUGUCAGAUACAGUCCAGAGGCUUGCUCUGCAGUCUCGCACCUGAACAUCAGCGUCUAUAAAACUGUUAAAGAAGAACUUUUAAAUGUCCAUGAUGUUGUAAAUAUGAACAGGACGCAGAAAGUAGUUCCUUAUAGUGGAAGACUUGAUAUUUGAAAGGCUAUGAAUGCAUUAUGUUGGAGGUGACUGGAUGAUACAAGCACACGACCCGUCAGAUGGCAGUAACUGAGCAGCAGGUUUGGGUUAUCAGGCUUGUAGGGGGGAGAGACAACUUCUCGUCUCAUUGAAACUAGUUGUAUUUGACUCUUUCAACACUGUCUAGAGUAAAUUAAUGAUGUUUUAAAGUAAAUAAAGAGAGGAAGCUGUUUAACAUUCUCAAACUCAUCUCAGUUGUAGUUUAUUCAAUGAAUUCAUGAACAAUUGAAAAGGCAAAAACACUCCGCUUUAGUUCUGUAAAGACAAACUCAGGGACAAACAGCUGCAAUGAUGUUUGCUUUACAGAGGCGGCCUUUUGUCACAUUUUUCCCCCAAAUCAAUUGUGAUUACUUCAAGGUUAAUUUAAAAAAAAAAAAAAAGAAAGAAAAGAAAUCACCAAUUUAGUUCGUUCCCACCAUAACAUGUUAAAACUCCAGACAAACCAGUGAAGUGUUCAACUAAAUGAAAAUGUGCAACCUUGCGUGAGGGUUCAUGAACACUGUGUGUUGUCAUCCAGACGAAUGGCCUUUUUCGGAAAGUGUUUCAUUUUUUUUCUCUCUCUUCACCAAGAAGUCUGCAGAUAAAUGUGAUUUUUCAUUACAUGUGCCAUUAAAUACAUUGUUGCCCAUC